AUGUCUGCCAGGACCAUCCUCCAGGAUCGAAAAGAAGGGGAUAUGAAAGAUCGCAACCUGUUUGAAGAGCAUGAGAAUCAACCACCUCCUGCUUAUGUCUACCAGCAUGACUCGACUUCAGAGGCCAUGAAUGCCUCCCCUGUGCAAGCACAUCCUGCCCAAGUACCCUGCCGCAGGUUCCAACUGCAGUACACAAAUUGGAAGGCGAAAACCGUUCGAGUCACCGACACUGACAACGGCACCGAGGUGUACACUGCAGACUUGCGCUGGCAAAAGCCGAAUAUGGUGAUCCGGACUAGAUCUCCUAUUGCGACAGAUAUCGAGAUCGCGACUGUUGUAUUUCAUUGUCUCAAGACAGACAUCGACGUCGGUAUCAACGGCGCCAACCUAACGCUCCACCACCGAGGGAUCUUUUCAGCGAGCUACUCAUACUCGUCACAAAUCUACCCCUCUCAAUCCUUCAAGUGGAAGGGCAAGAACCGUUGGCGGACGAUGGACUUUGAGUGUGUACACGAGGAUGAUGGCGUUACGGUGGCUCGGUUCUCGGCAGCAAAUUGGUCCAGAACUCGGAUCGGCCAGAUCGAAAUGUUUGGCCAGCAGCUGGUAGAUAACAAAAUGUUUAUGGACGAGCUUAUGGUGACAGGUCUGGCGGUGGUGAUUCAACUCAUGGUAUGGCAGACCGGGGCGGCUGCCAUAUCCUAG